CCAUGUCGAACCCCCAGAACAGCACGAGACCGAUGCUUGUACCAAGCAGCAGNAAAAGAAGUGGUAGCACGACCGACGACUACCAACCCACGACGCCGCGACUCAGUGCGCGCUUUUCCGAUCAACCCGCUGAAGAGAUCCCCGCCGAAGACUCGACACUAAAUACACCGACCAGAGGAACUUUCAAAUUUCCCGCCGACAAAUCGAAUGCCUCUCAACAAGACGGCGACGGUGCUGGAGUAACUCGCGAAAACUCACGGCGGUCGGUACAUUCGCACCAGUCCAGCGAUUCGCAAGACAUAGACAUGGACGAUGGCGACGACGACGGCCACGAUCAAGCAGGCUCGGACAAUGAAAGUGACGAUGACGGAAAGCCGUCCAGGAAGAAGAAAAAGGGCCAGAGAUUCUACUGCACCGAUUUCCCACCUUGCAACCUCAGCUUCACUCGUAGUGAGCAUCUGGCCCGGCAUAUCCGAAAACAUACCGGUGAACGCCCCUUUGAAUGCCACUGCUCCCGCCGGUUCUCUCGACUCGAUAACCUGCGCCAACAUGCUCAGACAGUACAUGUCAACGAAGAGAUUCCUGGUGACUCCCUGGCAGCGACUGGGACCAGGUUCCAGAGACAGAUCCGAACAGACCGCGUACGUCCGCCGAACGUGAGAUCUAGAGCAUCUACUGCUGGUAGCGGCGGACACAGCGCGUACAGCAGAGGACACAGCAGAAAUCUGUCUGCUUCUAGCGUCCUCUCGACUACGUCAAGUCUGGCCAUGUCGGAUAUUGGAGAGAGUCGUCCGCGUCCAUCUCCCUUAAUGCUGAACCAGGAUUCUGUGGCAAGAGCGAGACUUAGUCUGGACACCUUCAACCCAGCGAUUCCUAACAACGGUCCUCAGUUUGGUUACUACCAACAGCCGCCUAGUGGCUACAGCUCUCCUACCUCUUCCAACUUCUCCACUGGCGAAGGCAGCCCUAGAUUCCAAGCUAGCAUGCAGUCGCCAUCGCUCCCGAUCGCUAGGUCGUCAUUCUACAACGGCACUAGAACACCCUCUCGUCGUCUGUCCGUGCCAUCUGGUGUCAGCCCCUACUCGCCGCAGACGGCAACCUACCAGCCUGUCUACUUUGCCCCUCUCCCUUCUGGUCCGACCCCUCAGUACUCGAACACAAACAGCAUGGUCGCUAGUCCCACUGCCUCAACCUUUUCUCACCACCGCCGUGCUGAGUCUGACGCCGAGCUCGAGUGGAGGAGAAGAACAUGGCAUCCUGGCACUGCCGGCAAUUAUGCCAGUCGUCCCGCAACCAGUGGUCUGGCCUACAAUCAGACUCCUGAUGAUGCCGCUCCUGCUCUUGCCUCGCAGCCGGCAGCAAGUCAAAUCACCAGACUUCCUGGUAUCGAAAGUUUCGACCAUGCACCUCCCCCUCCUACUGUCCCAGCACGCAAUGCUACCAGUCCUGUGCAGAUCGACUCUGCACGUCGCUCAUCUAUACUCUCCGGGCCAGUCGAGCCUUCGACUUCAGCUCCAGGAGACCGAAGAAGCAUAGGAUGGGAGCACACUCUUCAUCAUGGCCUAAACAGGUUGGAGAUUGCUCACCCCCCUGUGGACCAGUCUCGCAUACUGCCAAGCCAGCGAUUGACCACUGAACAUGCUCAACAACCUACUUCUGGAUAUGCGUUGCCUCAGCUGCAGCCACCUGCUGAUAUACGUCCAGUCACUGAUGACCGCGCAAACAAGCGUCAAGCCUGGUACGGUGGUCCAAUGGGACCUCCUCAGGGGAGCCAGCCGAUCAUGAUCGCGCAUCGUACAUCACCGGAAUCCAGUAGCAGUGAAGGCAUUCCCACACCCUCGACUUCUCAGGGCAGAGAACUGCAUCCGGCUAUCAUGCACGCCAAUGGCAUGGUUGAGCUGCAACCUCCGGAUGCCAUGCUGACUGAUGAGCAAAGAGCUCUCCAGGCGCAUUACCAGGGCAAGCCCGAGCCCACUAGGGCAGAUUCUGGCUUCCACAGCUACUUGCACAUGCCCGGCCAAGCACCUACUGUGUAUAUGAUGCAAGCUGGUCAUAAUAUGCAGGUUCAAUCUCCUGAAUGGCGUCCCGCACCUGUCAACCAGCGAGCCAACCCCGAUAUGGGCAGACUUGAAGCACUCGUGGCUGUUGCUACCAGCGAGAAUCGAGCUGUCGAGCACCGCAGC